AUGAUUCCUCCGGCUGAAGCACUAGGCCUACUUUCAUGGCUUCCGUAUGAAAUUCGAGAGCAGAUCUGGCUGGAGUUCCUCCCAGCCGGAGCCGAUCCGGAAAAGACUGACCUUCGCAUAUUGCGCACCACUCGUUAUCUCUAUAACGAAAUUUCGGAAAUAUUCUUUUUACACUCUCGCCUAGAAUUCAUCCUUAGCCCCAGGCAGACUCUCAGAGAUUCAGGACUCACGGUCCUUUUCUACAGGCAGAAGAGCUUUAGGAACACUCGCCCCGUCUGGGAACCGGCACGAUGGGACCUAGAGACCAUGGCCGAUAUCAGAGAUCGUGGUUUCUACAACGUUCCUUUCCACAAAAUUCCCAAGGUCGUAGUGAGCAUCGCUGCGCCAAACUACCACGAAGGGUGUCAACUCUACUCGCUCUGGCAGAAAGCCAGAAUCCUGGCUGACCUGCUGAGAAUGGGAUCCAUAAUUGAGAAGCUGGAGAUUCGGCUACAGCCACGAGGGCUUUUCGAUUGGGGAAUGUGGUGCUGGGCCAGUUCGACCGGUCGCUAUGAUCAUGACGUCGUCGUGAUGCCCUUUUGCGCCUUACCAAACCUCCUGUCUCUCGAGAUUAAGCACGAUCCCCUAACCGACAACAGAGCACUCGACUGGGAAACUAUGAACUGGGCGAUGGGGCGCCCUUUGCCCGACAUUGACGGCCGCAUGGCCGAGGACUACUUCUGGAUGCAUUGUGAACUGCUGAAAUGGAUCCACGGCCCGGUUGCAGAUGUCCAGCGACGAGACUUUUUCGCCCACUGGUUCCUACCGGGGCGGAGCGGCUAUUCGCCCUUCGAAAGUGAGGUCGCUCGAAUUGUCAGCGCGUAUCCCGAGAUCAUCAGACUCCACAACUUCGACAUGGAUAUCAUCCACGAGGCGCACCAGACCAUGGUGUGCCUAUAUUAUCAUUGCCGAAAAAGGGCCCAGGCAAGGCUCGGGGGCGAUAGCACUUGGAUUUUCCCGGAACCGGACAUGACGACCUGGGAUCCACAACUGUGGUAUCUAUGUUUUCCACGUGGGAUACCGAGAUCUACCUCGAGACGAUACAGGGACGACAUCAAGCCGCUAGUGGGGUGUUAUCUGCCGAAUGCGUACAAACGCAUUGUGAGAGCGGGAGGCUUGUUUUCUACGAUGCCAUUCUUGAUCGAGAGAUGGUUUCUCCUGGAAUGCUCUACAUCUCCCACAAUGAGAGCCCUUGCCGCCCAGGUGGAAGCAAUGCGCCUUGGUUGA